CCAAUAACUUUCGUAAACAUUUCUCUUCCCCAGCUUUUAUCCCUCUUUUAAUUUCACUUUACCUCUUUAUUUAGAAACAGAGAGAAAAUAGAGAACCCUCAAAACGUAAAUAACAUGGCAGGGAAAGUAAAGCACGUACAAGUUUUUCAUCUGCUAUGUCUAUGUUCCGUGAUCUUCUUUUUUGUACUCUCUGUGAAUGUUUCAAGUGAAGCAGUGCCGCCGGAAGAUAAAACGGCUACGGUUUGGCUAUAUAGAAUCAAACGGUCUGGUAAUGAUUAUUGGUCGAAACUCAAAGAGACUUUAGGUCGUGGUCACUCCCGCUUUUUUCCUCCUAACAUAGAUUUUAGAGGAAAGGAUGAUGCAGCAGAUAUGGGAACGGGAGAAAAGAUGAAAGAGGCGGUCACAAGGAGCUUCGAGCAUAGUAAAGAUACGGUGGAGGAAGCUGCCAGAUCAGCGGCAGAGGUGGCGUGUGAUGCAGCUGAAGCGGUGAAAGAAAAGGUGAAGAGGAGCGUUUCCGGCGGGGAGACGAAUCAGCAGCAGUCGGAGGGUACUAACGAACUUUAAGUACGUCGUCACUUUCAGCUCUCAUGUUUUUUUGUGUGUGUUUAUUCGAUCGGUGUCUGAACAACGCAGUUUUGCCACGUAUCAUAUGAUUGUAUUGUUUCUCAGUCGACCCACAUGUUUUUUUAUUUAUAUACGCAUCGACCAUGUCACAUGUUGUAUGAGUAUCGUCCGUCGCUCUUCAUUAUUCUCUGCGCGUAAAAAAACAUUUUAGAUUCAACUAAUUUCUUCAGCUGGUUGAUGAGAAAAGUGAUUUACGUAA